AUUAUUGAAAUUGAAAUCCCGCUAAGAUGGUGCUCGGUUUUUUCAUCGGUAUAUUCACAAUAGUAUCCGACAUGUUUUUUCGUUUUCCGACCUUUUUUACUACGACACAAAAUCGAAAAGGUGGAAAAAUGUUCCCAUACCUCAUAGAAGAAAGAGAAUGUAAAAAAUUACCAAAAAGUGAAUCUUCGCCAAGUAGAAGAUGUUCGGUCGAUAGAGGGGUAACAGCCGAUAAUUCUUCCGGUAUACACAACUUUUCACCGAGGGUCCAAAAUUCGACGUCUCCGUAUUCUAGUCCGCCCAAAUCUCCCAAUACGAGAAAAGGACACAAAGCGAAAAGAGAUUCUUUGAUAUGUUAUAAAUCCGAAGCUGCCAAAAAGGUAGAGCUAAUAGCGAAAAACCGAGACGAAAGGAGACAAAGACAAGCCGACGAAAGAGCUCAAAGAGACCAGAUUCACAAUAUGGGUCAAAACAAUCCGUUUUUCGAAUUACAUCAGAUGAUACAAGAAUAUAGAGCAACUCACGAAUUUCGACCUCUAACCGAAAACGAGCCUAUAAUCGAAAAUCAAAUAACCGUUUGCGUGAGAACCAGACCGUUAAACGAAAAGGAAAUAGCGAGGAGAGAAGUUGACGUAAUUUCUGUACCGACGAAAAAUCAACUGAUAGUUCACGAACCUAAACAGAAAGUAGAUUUGACUAAGUACGUCGAAAAUCAACAUUUCCGAUUCGAUUAUGUGUUCAACGAAACUUGUACCAACAGCAUGGUGUACAAAUUCACAGCGAUGCCGUUGAUAAAAACCAUAUUCGAAGGGGGUUUCGCCACUUGUUUCGCGUACGGCCAAACCGGAUCCGGCAAAACUCACACCAUGGGCGGAGAAUUUAACGGGAGAAUGCAGAAUUUCAAAAACGGCAUAUACGGUUUGGUGGCGCAAGACGUUUUCAAUUAUCUGAACAAACCGAAAUACGCGAAAAUGAAUUUGACGGUGUCGGCGAGUUUUUUUGAAAUCUACGGCAAAUUGGUGUUUGAUUUGUUGACGAAAAAAAGUAGAUUGCGCGUAUUAGAAGACGGUAAACAGCAAGUUCAAAUAGUCGGUUUAACAGAAAAAGUUGUUUCCAAAGUGGAUCACGUUCUGGAUUUGAUACAGAGAGGUAGUUUGGCGAGGACGUCUGGUCAGACGUCAGCCAACAGCAACUCGUCGCGAUCUCACGCGGUAUUUCAAAUUAUUUUAAGAAGAAACAAUUCGAAGCACGUCGCCGGAAAAUUUUCUCUAAUCGAUCUAGCCGGUAACGAACGCGGGGCAGAUCACAAUAAAUCGAACCGACAAACGCAGAUUGAAGGUGCCGAUAUCAAUAGAAGCCUAUUGGCGUUGAAAGAAUGUAUCCGGGCGUUGGGUCGGAAAGGAGCUCACCUCCCUUUCAGAGGCAGUAAAUUGACGCAAGUUUUAAGGGAUUCUUUCAUCGGGGAAAACUCCAAGACUUGUAUGAUCGCUUUGAUAUCGCCGGGAAACUAUUCGGUCGAUCAUACUCUGAAUACGUUGAGAUAUGCGGAUAGGGUAAAAGAAUUGAUAGCUACCGAUAAUGGAAUGAUGGACGACGGUUUGAUACUUUCGAUUCCACCGGCGGAAGACGACGACGACGAAUCUGAAGCUAUAGAAGAGGAGUUGUUGAGGGCGGAAGAGAAACGCCUCCAUUUAUCUUCUUUGGAAUGGGAAUUGAGGGAGAGUCAACGACAAGCGAUACAAAGUUGCGUCGAUUUUCACGAUUUGGCGUGUAAUCUAUACAACUCCUUCGACCGACACAGUGGAAUCGAAUACGCGAGGCAAUGGAAGAAUCUAAUUAACGAAGCUAUCGACAAUUUGAAUGCGGCUUUAGUUAAAGCUAACGAAUUUUCCAGUGCGUUACAUCAAUAAAGGAAAACGCAAUUUUGUGAUUCGGCUUUUUUCGAAAUUAGUCCCUCAUUAAAAUUAUUAUAUUUUUUUAAAAGUUUGUUUUUUUCUUAUACUUCGUAAUAUACAUAAGAUUUUUUAAA